AGGCAGUUAAAUCGCUUUAUCUAUAUCAGAGAUUUAUUCUUGUACAAUUAUCUAAGGAAUUCGUGUGCAUAAAGUGAUAAUUUGCACCAUACUGAGAGUCUAUCUUUUGUUUUGAACGAUAAACAACAAACAAGCGCGAAGACAAAGGAUUUAGCAUUCCUCCUUUGAGAAUUUCACAAUUACAACUCGAUUUUAGUUAUCUGUUACGUUGUUGUCAUCAGCAAAUUUCUAAUAUGAAAGAAAGAAAAGGCGAGGAAAUGUCAAGAUCUGAAGAAAUUGCUUCUCGUGUGUUGAAAAUGCCAGAAAUUGUUCAUGGCAUAUUUAAAUACAUGAGUGAUGUAGACUUACAGCAGUGUGGCCAAGUAUGCGCCUACUGGAAAGAGGUUGUUGACGGCAUGUUAUUUAAGAGAAUACCAGUGUUUCGUAAGAAAAUACCAAUUUCAAUGCUGAACACUUUAGCAGACAAUUCUGAAAAACUACGUUUUUUAGUCAAUUAUGGUGAUAACUUUCACUUUCAAUGGUUUUAUUUGAAACCACGUAUUGUUUGCCAUUCGAUGUGUCCACGUUGUCCCAAACAAUUUAUUCCACGGACAGAUGAUGAAUUAUUCGAUGCAGUUACUUUCUUUAAGGAAAAUAAAAAUAAAGAAAACGUCCAACUACCAUUUAAUGUGCACCCAUCAACAGAAGAUGAAAUCGAAAUAAAUAUUGCAAUGUUUCCAUCAGUUCCGGGCUUUAAUAUUCGUCAUUUUUCAUUUACAAUUGAAGAAAGAAAUAAAAUUAUUAAAGAGAAAAUGCCGUAUGUGUCAAAGCUACUCAAGAUACCAGAAGAAGAACUGAAGUGUGUUAUCGGAAUUAAAGAUUAUGGGAUCCAUUUCUAUGACGAUGGAACUGGUGCAUACACUACUUACACGCUCGAAAGGGAGAUAACAAGGGGCAUUGCCUUUUAUGGUGAGCGAGUUCAGGCAGUUUCUUUAUACAUCGAAGGUGACGAAUGUGAUUUUUAUAGUGUCAAACAAAAGUUAGAGAGACUGAAGUUUUUGAAAUCCAGCAUGGUGCAAGAAAGAUGUUUCGCAUACAUUUUCCGUAGGAUAUGCAAAACACGAUUGGGUCCUACGCUAGAAGCUUUCAAAGCGACAUUUCCUUUCGCUACCUUUGUUGAUUAUAUCUUUUCUCCUCAAUUUGAAGUGUUGAAUCCACUCGAAAAUUACAAUUUUGAUUGCAUUAAAGAUGCUUGUCCCUGUACGCACGUCGCGAGGAUGGUUUUUAUAUGGUACGAUUGAAAAUGUUCUAAGAAAUGCAAUAUUCUAACUCCUGAAGCAAAUUAAACGAUACUGUAACAAUGUACAAUCUACUAUGUGAAAAUGUUGUAAUAAAAUGCAACAUUUUUCAUGUUGCAACAUUGUACGUUUUUCUGUAAUGGGCUGAAUUAUGUCCUAACAUUUGUUCAAUAUAGAAGUGAAGAGUUUCUGAUAGGGGUAAAAAGUUUCAGGGAGAUCUCAGAAUUUAUUUGAUUAGCGUUUCUAAACAGCAACCUCAAUGAAAAUUUAGCUUGAAAAUAAAUUAUAAAAUGACUCAGGGUAUCUUCUAUUUGAAGUUAAAAUCAUUUGCAAAA